GUUGCUCUUGCCAGGCUCAACACUGCUCAGUUUCUGCAGGAGGCUGCAGCUCCAUCCCUCCAGGAUCGCCACUGGCAUCAGCGUCCUGAUAUGAUCAAGCCACUUCCAGCGCAAUCAUGUCACUCUGAGCUGGAAGCUCUUCUUCAUUUAUGCCUCUGAAUGGAUGAUAACAGCCCGUCGCACGCACAUGGAUUUGUCACACCACGACUAGUUUGACUCAAACCCGGGAUUGACUGACAGAACAGAGGCAUUCCAAGUGUUUCCCCGAGUUUUUCCCCCCCAGCCUGUGUUGGUGGAAGCAGCACUCCAGCCUGCCUCGGAUAUGGGACCGUGCGUCAGCCGAGAGGGAUCCGGCGCUGCAGGAAGAGCAUCUUCCUGAGAGAGGAAAAAGCCCGUCUUCGGGCGUCUUCUUUUCCUUUUUGUUUCUAAUUUCCAAGCUACUUAUUUUCGUGCACCGGGGAGGGGGAGCUGUGCGUUUUACGCGAAGGAAUGAUGCGUCCCAACCGCGGCUUCAUCCUGCUCCUCCUUAACGGAACCGCUUGUUUGUCUCUCCAGGUGGUGAUGGGUCAAGACGCUGACUCCUCCAGCCCCAAGAGCUCCUCAGAUGACUCCUCCAAGACGGUGGGGCUACUGACCGGGCAGGCAUCCCUCUCCCCGCUCAGCCGCUGGAUGCUACACAGUAAAAGCAGAGCCGCUAACGCCACCUCUCUCCAAAUGCCCUACCAAACCCCGGUCCCGUUCUCCAAGCAGGAGUUUUCCAAGCAGGAGUUCUGGGAGAUGCUGGGCAGUGACCUGCUCAAACCUGACGCCUCCAGCUCAAGGGUCAAACGCCGGCCCAUCGUUAAGACGGGCAAGUUCAAGAAGAUGUUCGGCUGGGGAGACUUUUAUUCCAAUAUCAAAACAGUGAGGCUUAACCUGCUGAUAACUGGAAAGAUUGUGGAUCACGGUAACGGUACGUUCAGUGUAUAUUUUCGUCACAACUCCACGGGCCAGGGCAACAUCUCGGUCAGCCUGGUGCCGCCUGUCAAGGCAGUGGAGUUUGACCUGGAGCGCCAGAGCGUGGUCUACCCCAAGGACUCCAAGAUCUUCAACUGCCGUGUGGACUAUGAGAAGGUAGAUCGAAGCAAGCGCACCUCUUUGUGCAACUACGACCCAUCUAAGACCUGCUUUCAGGAGCAGAUCCAGAGUCACGUUUCCUGGAUUUGCUCUAAGCCCUUCAAAGUCAUCUGUAUCUACAUCUCCUUCUACAGUACGGACUACCGUCUGGUGCAGAAGGUGUGCCCGGACUACAACUACCACAACGAGAUGCCCUACCUGCCCUCGGGCUAGAAAAGACACGGGGAGGGAGGGAGAGAGGAAAAGGGGGAUGAACCUUAUGAAGAGAAAACCAGGGCUGUGAAUGCCAGAGUGGCAACGAUGCUCCUCAAAAAAUAUCUGUAGCCUGACUAUUGUAAGAUGUAAAAACAUAUAUGCAAAACAAACUACAGUAUGCAGAUAAUGAGGCAUUUGAAAUGCUCAAGUACAACAUUCAUCAAAUGGACUGGUUGUUAAAAUCUAGUACCGCCCACCUAUACGUUCUUACCUCAGUCCUAUUUCUGAAAUCCAGCUUCUCGCCAGCGUUCUUUCAUCCACUCAGCCAUUUGUGAAGUCUGUCCAAAUGUCUUUUUAAUCACCCUUUGCAAUAUUGCUCUUUUGGAAAGUCUCAUUGCAGUGAAACUGAGCUGUUCAAUAGUUAUAGUAAUUUGAUUCAUUAGAGAACUGCAGACAAACUCAGACUUUAUUACAAUUAUGAUAUUGUGUUUGACAUGCUGUACUCUUGAAUCAUGAUGUAAAGACACUGCAGAGAACAGAGAAUCAAUUUACUCACAAAGCUCAGACUUUUCAAAGGGCAUUUUCUUUAUGUGAACCCCUCUCCAAAACCAUGUCACGGUUCCACCAUGCACUCUGAAUACCCUCUCAUCUAAUUUAAACAUCCUCCCAUGUGCAUUUACCUGGCAAAUGGCAUCACAAAACAGCCCCGGUCGUGGCGCCUCAAAAUAAAAUUUAAACAGCGAAAGAAAAUGCCAGGGCUUAGGACAGGUUCAGUGAAAGGGGGAUAACUAGAUUCUGCACAGAGAUAGAUUUGGCCCUCCACACUUAAGGUAAGGGAGUGAGAGAAGGAGAGAUUCAGUGAGCUGUUUUAAUUAAAGUGGAGAAGGAGACGUAGAGUAUGCAGCACCUUCUUUUGUCCCCCUCUGUAUGAAAAAGAUUACAUUUUGUUGCCGUCAGGAUUCCUGAUUUCAUGCCUUGAUAACUUUGACUGCGUGGUGAAGAUUGCUCCCUCGCUUAACAAAUGCAGUGUUCACUAAAGUCCGCCUGUUAUCUCCAACAAAUGAAAAUAUUAUCAUAAUAAUUACAUAUAAUUUAAUCUCUUUUGGAGCUAAUUAAGGUUUCAACGAGAGGGCAAAAACGCAUUCCUAAAAAUCAAGUCAGCGGGAAGGAGGAUAAGAGCAUAUUCAUGUUGUGAUGGGUUUUUUCUGCGUGGAGCCAGCAGCCAAAGCUCGACCCGGAGUUAACUGCUCUCAUUAAGAUAAAUGGCCACUGGCUGGCCCAGCUCAUGUUACUCUCACAAACAAUAUCAGUGGAGUGCGGCUCACAAUGGAGAAAUGAAUUAUGCCGCCUGACAUUGUGUGCAGUGAGAGGUUACUGCUGUCCCGUUUAUGGGGACACAACAACUCCUUGGUUAAUUAACGAUAAUCAGUCGCAAGACAGGUGUGAAGAGUCAUUAAACAGCAGUAUCACAUAUCUAGUUUGAUGCAAAUACACUGUGACAUCAGUGAUAAAGCCCAGAUCUGGGCACGCUCGGUUGAAACGUCCCAGAUUGACUCGGGGCAGCGAGCGAGCGGUCACCGCGAAGCCGUCCUCCUGCGGGGGGUAGCAUAAGGCCAGACAUAAAUGCAUCACUUUGGCUGCGCAGUGUGAGCUCAGAGAGCAGCAGUAGGGGGGAGAGCACAGUCACAGGGCUAAAGAUAGAAACAAAAGACCCGUAAAUCUGCACAUCAAAGCUCAUAGUUUUUAAUUUGCUCUUAAAGAGGGGGGUAGCGCCUCUCCGCGUGAAACAAAAUCAACUUGUGGCCCAGAGCAAAUGGCAGCAGCGCACAAACAUGUCUGCAGGCGACAGAUAGCAACAUCACUUGCAAUCAUUAAAACUGCAGUUUUCCCGUCUCCUCUUGCACAUGAUUGUUCAAUGUGAGCAGAUAUUUCAUCAAUGCUUGGAUGCCCUGCUUGUUGACACCACAUACAUUUGUCUGCCUCUUCUCCUGCAAUAGCUCUUUCGCCUGCGCUGAGCACUACUAUCUGUGCUAGGAAUCAGAAACAUGUCCAGAGUGACCCUGAUUUCGCAGAGAGCUCAGUAGUCGUUUGGGCUCUACUUACGUGGAAGCAUACGUACACACAGAGACCCGGUGGAUCAUAUAUUAUAAGUUAGGCAGCAGCUCAAACUGAAUGCCUGACAUCUGUUUGAAGGUCCUGCUUGUGCAGGGCUGGAUGGAAUACAAAGUUUCAUGGGUUUCAACCGCAUCAACCAGCAUGAAGAACCACUGCCUCCUGCUUCGUUCAUCCACUUCCUCUUCCUCCAACCCUCCCUGCCCCUUUCCUCUGCUGACAUCUGCAUGCUGCUCAUCCAUGCUCCCUGCUGUCGUCGCGCUGCUGUCCGGCCUCAGCCUCCACACCCCGUCACUCCCUUACCGGGGGCUGAUCCCUGCUGGGGGAACAUCCUCAUUGCUGCCCCUCCAUCACAGAGUGGUGAACUUAGCUGGCUUAUCUCUAUGAGCUUAACGUUGUUCUAACUGAACAUGAGCACUAAGUCUCCUCUUUCCUCUAUGUAUUACUCUCUAUAUCUUUAUCCCAUCAAACAAAAGGUGUGUGCACACGCAGUCUUGACGUGUAUUGGUUUAAGUAGUCCCUGCUCUCGUCUUCAGAGUAUCUUACAUAAGCCCCUGGAUUGAGAGGAUGUGAAAUGUCCUCAAGAACAUGCUAACAGAGUGCUGAACAUAGAUAUGCUCCAGUAACCUCGAUCCCCCCACAAACACACACACCACAUCCACCUCCCCCCCCAUCCCACAGGGUAUCUGGCGAGAAGUUGGAGACGCAAACAUGACGGAUAAAAAGCUGGGGAACAUGAGCCCACAGCGCUGUACUGAUGUCGAAAGAACAAGGACACAUGUCGGGCUGCCUGCAGAGGAGAUGCUCCUUCCUCUGCUCUUUACUGAUCUUCUCAGAUCUACUGCAAUAUUCUCACUGAGAUUCCACCCUCUCUGCCUCUCCGGGGUGAAUUAGUGAAAGGCUGCUGGACUAAGUUUAACAGACAGUCGUGUUGCUGUGGGACGGACGGUGUUGCUAUGGCAGCAGCCUUAUUUACCCAUCUGGUGCCAACAGACACGUGAAUAUUUGGCCUUAGAGACUGCAAGACAAUGCUGCUCCGCUCAGCAAAAGCAUAGCUAUGAAACCAGACUGUCAAAAACAUAAUAUACAUAUAUAAAUAUAUAUAUAUUAAGAUAAGACUCCUCAGAUCUGAAUAAAGUUGUAUUUAAAUGUGGGUCAUGAAGUGAAGGUUGUCUGUUUCACCUUUUGGUUCCUUACGGUUUUGUUUCUCUGUGUCAUGUGGAUGAUAUACUGUACGGAUGACAUGAUGGUAUCUACUGUGGUUUCAA